CACGUGAUCACACCGGCUGGCAAGAUGGCUGCGCGCAAGGGGCGGCAUGUGUUAAGGAGAAGAAAUGUUUCUGGGGAAGCCACGCGAAAGGAUCUGGAUGAGAAGCUCGCAGCCGUGUUGGAGAGCCGGGGCAAUGCUAACAUUGUGUUUGAUAUCCUGGAAUAUCUAGAGUCUGAUAAAGAAGAUGAUGUUCAGGCUGCGGUUCGAAACUGCUCUAAACUCUUCCAGACAUAUUUGGAGAAACGGGAGCUUCAUGUUGGAGUCCUUUCUGCUGAGGAUGAGAGCCUUCCAGAUACCCUGAGUGCGGAACAGAAGUACAAGAUGUGGACGAGGCAUCGUUAUAAUAGCUGUGUAGCCUGCUUGCUGGAUCUCAUGCAUCGCUUUUCUUUUCAGUUGCAGGAGCUGGCACUGUGCACCCUGAUGAAAUUUAUCCAGCUGGAGGCCAAGUUCCCUCUGGAAAAUGCAGAAUGGAAGGAAAGCUCUGUUUUUCCUCGAGAAUUGUUAAAAUCUGUGAUAAACAGGUUACUACAUGAGGACACCGAUUCCACCUCCUUGAUUUUCCGAUUCCAAGAAUAUCUGGAAUAUGACGACGUCCGCUAUUAUACCAUGACUCUAAUAAAUGAGAGCAUUAUCCGAGUGCAUCAAAAAACCAAAGAGAUGGUCCUCCCAAUUUUCCAAAAUAAUGUAUUUUGCUUGAUCUCCUCCAUUAACAUGCCAGUUGAGGAAAAUGCACUAUCCAAUUUCCUAGUUGCGCAGAAAGCAAAGCCAGAUGACUGGAAGCCAGCAAAACUGAAGGAGCAUAAAAGAGUUUUCGAGAGAGUGUGGAUGAACUUCCUGAAACACAGGCUUCCAAUCGGUCUUUAUAAAAAGGUGCUUCUGAUCUUGCACGAGUCCAUUUUGCCACAUAUGAUGAAGCCCACUCUGUUGAUAGACUUUCUAACAGCUGCCUACGAUGUUGGUGGACCCAUCAGUCUUCUUGCAUUGAAUGGGCUGUUUGUCCUGAUUCAUCAGCAUAACCUAGAAUACCCCGAUUUUUACAAGAAGCUUUACUCUCUGCUGGAUCCCUCUGUGUUUCACGUAAAAUACCAUGCUCGUUUCUUCCAUCUGGCCAACUUGUUCUUGUCAUCCACACAUUUACCUGUAUACCUUGUUGCUGCUUUCGCCAAGCGCCUUUCUAGGCUGUCACUCACUGCUCCACCCCAAGUUCUUCUGAUGAUCAUUCCAUUUAUUUGUAACUUGAUACGUAGGCACCCAGCCUGUAGGAUCCUCAUACACCGCCCAUCUGCUGCAGGAGAUCUGGCAUCUGAUCCAUAUGUAAUGGAGGAACAAGAACCAGCAAAAAGCCAGGCUUUGGAGAGCUCUCUGUGGGAGCUGGAGACUCUUCAGAAACACUACCAUCCAGAUGUAGUGAGAGCAGCCAAUGUGAUUAUCCGGGCAUUGUCAACUCAAGAGACUGAUAUCUCUGAGCUCCUGGAGGUGUCCUCAUAUGAGUUGUUUGAAAAAGAAGUAAAGAAGAAAUUUAAGGCCGUGCCCCUGGAGUUUGAUCCAGUUCGAGGACUUCUUGGAAGGAAACAUGAUAUUACUGCAGAGCAUUUUGCCUUUUAAAUGGAGAUGUAAAAAUACAAAAACUUUUUUUACCUCUUUUUUUUCUGUUUU